CAUUUGGGGGAUAUCUGUACUGUCCUGACAUUUGGGGGAUAUCUGUACUGUCCUGACAUUUGGGGGGAUAUCUGUACUGUCCUGACAUUUGGGGGAUAUCUGUACUGUCCUGACAUUUGGGGGAUAUCUGUACUGUCCUGACAUUUGGGGGAUAUCUGUACUGUCCUGACAUUUGGGGGAUAUCUGUACUGUCCUGACAUUUGGGGGA